AGCUUUGGCGCGCCUCCAUCACUUCCGUUCUCUCUGGAAGUAGCCGACAAGGCUUUGAGGCACGCCGUCAAUUGCGCUCGCGAAGCUGCAAAUGUUGAUCUAGAAGAAACAAAGGGAAUCCACAAACGAGAGAUCUUACGUUUCCAACAGAUAACAGUGUCAGCAGUCGUCAGUUAUGUCGCGUUUUUUCGCCACCGGAUCCGACAGUGAGUCGGAGGAAUCCUCGUCCGCGGAUGAAAUCACUCCCAAAACGACCGGGACUACUUUCAAUAAGCCGGCUCUGUUGCUGAGUGAUGAUGAGGAGGACACAAAGAGAGUGGUACGCAGUGCCAAGGACAAGAGGUUUGAGGAGCUCACCAACAUCAUCAAGACAAUCCGAAAUGCCAUGAAGAUCCGAGACAUGUCCAAAUGUCUAGAGGAGUUUGAGCAGUUGUAUCGAGCGUUCCUCAAAAGCAAAACCAUCGUGGACAAAGAGGGUGUGCCGCAGUUCUACAUCCGCCUGCUCGCUGAUCUGGAGGACUAUCUCAACCAGCUAUGGGAGGACAAGGAGGGGAAAAAGAAGAUGAACAAAAACAACGCCAAAGCCUUGAGCACACUUCGGCAGAAGAUCCGCAAAUACAACAAAGAUUUUGAAACCGAGAUUGCCAGCUAUAAAGAGAACCCUGAGCAGUCAGCUGAAGAAGAGGAGAAGGAUGACAUCGGCAGUGCCUCGUCAUCGGACAGUGAUGAUGAAGACGUGACUGCCAAGAGCUUAAUGAAGAAGAAGCCUCAAGAAGAGGAGAAGAAGGCACCAGAGGCCAGCAAGUUCCUCAAAGGCGCUGCUGAUGAGGAGUCGGAGAGUGAAGAUGAUGAGGAUAGUGAGGACUGGGGCUCUGAUUCUGUGGACAGCGGCGGUGAGAGCGAGGACAACGAAGGAGCGGCAGCAUCGCUCGCUGUGGUCUUCCUCAAAAAAGCUCAAGACGGCGACAAGCACCCUGACCGCAAGAAGGACGAUAAGAGAAAGAGGCACAAGAAGACUGAGCAGGUGGAGGAGGAGGUCGAUGAAGAUGGAGAAGCAGAGGAAGGAGGAUGGGAGAAGGUGAAGGGCGGCGUGCCGCUGGUGAAGGAGAAGCCCAAGAUGUUCGCCAAAGGCACAGAGAUCAACAGCGCUGUGGUGAUCAAGAAGCUCAGUGAGAUCCUGCAGGCCAGAGGAAAGAAAGGAACAGACAGAGCUGCUCAGAUCGAGCUCCUUCACGCUCUGGCUGGCAUCUCUAAUGAGAAUAACCUGGGCGAAGGCAUCCUGGUCAAGAUUAAGUUCAACAUCAUCGCCUCCCUGUACGACUACAACACCAACCUGGCCGCCUUCAUGAAGGCGGAUAUGUGGAAGAAGUGUCUGGAAUGCAUCGAUGAGCUUCUGGACAUUCUGUUUGCAAACAGCAACAUCUUCAUUGGAGAAAACAUCGCCGAGGACAGCGAGAACCUGGCCAUCUCUGACCAGCCGUUCCGUGUGCGCGGCUGUAUUCUGACUCUGGUGGAGAGGAUGGAUGAAGAGUUCACCAAAAUCAUGCAGAACACAGACCCUCACUCUCAGGAGUACGUAGAUAACCUGAAGGACGAGAGUCGUGUGUGUGGCAUCAUCGACCGUCUGCUUCAGUAUCUGGAGUCUAAAGGCAGCACAGAGGAAGUGUGCCGCGUCUACCUGCGCAGAAUAAUGCACACCUACUACAAGUUUGACUACAAAGCCCACCGCCGCAGCCUGGGCCUGCAGGGAGAGACCAAGUCUGAGCAGGAUCAGGAGGAGAGCGAGGGAGAGGACAGCGCCAUCAUCAUGGACCGCUUGUGCAAGUUUAUCUACGCCAAAGACCGCACCGACCGUAUCCGCACCUGUGCAAUCCUCUGCCACAUUUACCAUCAUGCCCUGCACAGCCGCUGGUACCAGGCCAGAGACCUCAUGCUCAUGAGCCACCUACAGGACAACAUCCAGCACGCCGACCCUCCUGUCCAGAUCCUGUACAACAGGACCAUGGUGCAGCUGGGCAUCUGUGCUUUCCGUCAGGGCAUGAUCAAAGAUGCCCACAAUGCCCUUCUGGACAUCCAGUCCAGCGGCAGAGCCAAGGAGCUGCUGGGGCAGGGACUGCUCAUGAGGAACAUGCAGGAGAGAAACCCUGAGCAGGAGAAGAUCGAGAAGAGGCGACAGGUGCCGUUCCACAUGCAUAUUAACCUGGAGCUCCUGGAGUGUGUGUACCUGGUGUCAGCCAUGCUGCUGGAGAUCCCUUACAUGGCGGCCCAUGAGUUUGACGCCCGCCGCAGGAUGAUCAGCAAACAGUUCCACCACCAGCUGAGGGUGGGCGAGAGACAGCCACUGCUGGGUCCUCCCGAGAGCAUGAGGGAGCAUGUUGUGGCCGCCAGCAAGGCCAUGAAGAUGGGCGACUGGAGAACCUGCCAUUCCUUCAUCAUCAAUGAGAAGAUGAACAGCAAAGUGUGGGAUCUGUUCCCAGAAACCCAGUGUGUGCGGGAAAUGCUCGUCAGGAAGAUCCAGGAGGAGUCGCUGCGCACGUACCUCUUCACCUACAGUAGCGUGUACGACUCGAUCAGCAUGGAGACUCUGUCAGAGAUGUUUGAGUUGGAGUUACCCACAGUGCACAGCAUUAUCAGCAAGAUGAUCAUCAAUGAAGAACUCAUGGCAUCUCUCGACCAGCCGACUCAGACGGUGGUGAUGCACAGGACGGAGCCCACAUCUCUGCAGAACAUGGCCCUGCAGCUGGCCGAGAAACUGGGCGGCUUGGUGGAGAACAACGAACGUGUCUUCGACCUCAAACAGGGCGUCUAUGGAGGAUACUUCAACAGAGAUCAAAAAGGAGGUUACCAACAGAAGCAGAACUACCAGAGAGCUCCAGACCAGAGGGGAGGUUACCACCAGAAGCAAGGUUACCAACGAGAUCAGAAAGGCGGUUACCAGCAGAAACAGAACUACCAGCGAGGAGGAUACAGGAACCAGAACCAGAGCUCCUACUGAUCCCAGAGCAGCUUGUUCACACACAGCUUCAUUCCAGAACCAGACUGCAGGUUCCUCUGCUCUGCUCUCCUCCCACCAACUCCAGAUGUGUUGCAAUGCGUCAGCUUUACACUCAGUUUUGCAGUGCUAUAGUUUGCAGAUAACACCAAAUCAUAAAAGCUCAGUUUUAUUGUUAACGCAUAAAUUGGCUCCACAGUUAGCUUGUUUUUAGUGUAAUUUGAGAGCUUGAGUUUCCAGUGUCGAGGCUUCUGCAGUUUUGGAGAUGAUAUAGUGGGCUGGGAAGGAAAUAUCAAGUUAUUUGUGUUACGAUCUGGUGAAUUAAUAAAGAUUAUUCAGUCAAAAUGAA